CCUUUUAGAUACGAGAGAGUCAAUCCUGGUGAGGGCGUCUUUUAAGUUUUUAGCACUCCUCCACAGUUGUUUUAGCCCAAAAAGUGUGGCCUGUGUACCAUAGACUCCACCAGCACUACAGGCCCACAUUGCCGUUCAAUCUUUCUCUGUACUAAAAAGUUCAGCGUCUGUUCAAUCCCUUAUCCUGAAGCAAGACGAUUCUGAUUAGUGAAGAGAGACUUCCUUGCCUUUUCUUCUUACGCGAUAAAACCUCCGCAUCAUUUUCAACAUAUCAUGUUAUCUUCAAUGGCACUUCAAUCUAGGUUUAAUGCUACUUUAGCCACCUGCUCUUCAUUCCCUUCUUACAAACUGAGUGUCAGACCAUUCAAAGCUUCCACUCACAUUAACUUCAACCCAAUUUCGAGAAACCAAAGAAGACUCAGUACUGCUACAGCAGCACCGGAGACACUCACAGCUGAAACCACCACAGACGCCAUCUCCUCAACCCCAGUGGGAUUUGAGAAAGCUAAGGUGUUGGUGAAGCAAGUGGCGAAGCCGAGGCUUUUAUUGAAGUUUAUAUGGAUGGAGAAGAACAUUGGUCUUGCUCUUGAUCAAUCAAUACCGGGGCAUGGCACCAUUCCUUUGAGUCCAUAUUUCUUUUGGCCCAGAAAAGAUGCAUGGGAAGAGCUGAAGGCCACUCUAGAGAGCAAGCCGUGGAUAUCCCAGAAAAGCAUGAUUAUACUUCUUAAUCAGGCCACUGAUAUCAUCAAUUUAUGGCAGCAAAGUGGUGGCAAUCUUACAACCUGAAUUUGUAUAGUAGAGUACACAUUGCUUUUGGAUUUAGCUAUUCAAAACUAAAUUAUGAUAAUGCUCCAUUGUUGCGAAUGCAAUUUGGGUUUCUAAGUUUUGCUGCUUUUCAUUUAUACAAGAGUUGUUUGAUUCA